AUGGGACACUAUUUGUUGUCGAUAUUCUUGGGUGAAGGUGCAAGGGUUGAAAAUGGCCGUUUUAUUGUUCCAGGAGUAACUUACAUACGCUCACGACGCUGGAGCCAUAAUUUAUUACAGAAAUUAAACCUCAAAUGGGAAGAACAGUGGCGUAAUAACACACCCCGCGACCCCAGCGGUGCGGAGGGUGGCUCCCAUCCAAGGGGCGAAAGAGAAAACAAGAAAAGGGAAGAACUAAUUCAAAGGGGUGAUUUGAAUGGUAGAGGGGAGAGGUUUGAGUAA